AUAUAUACAUACAUACACACACACACAUAAAUGGGAAGAGUAACUACAUGUACAUGAUGUCGCUAGUUUUAAUGGAGAUUUGUUUCUGAAUCGUGACGUUUUCUGAAGGAAGUGGAAGAAUCUGAAAGUUAGAGGGUUUGUUUCAGGAGUUGUGGUUCAACAUGAAGACUGAAGAAGAAGAGGAGGAUGAGGAGAGAGAGGAAGAGGAUAAACAGGAGGAAGGUCUGAGUGAGCAGGACUCAGAAGACCUAUCUGCCUUCGCUGCGUCGGGACCUCUAACCGGUAACCAUGGCGACCGGGACAUGCAUGACGGAAACCGGCGCGAAGACGAAGACGAAGACGUCGGCGGUUUGAUAAACUCUGACGGAGAGGAAGAGGACUGGAGGCCGGCGUCCAUCGGUAACCUCACGGGUUUACUCUCU